UUUGAACAACCACCCAUGUACAUUGCUGUGCUUACAUUUCUUGGUUUUGUAUUUGCAAGUUUAUUUGGGUACUUGGGAGAUUUCUUAAGAGCCUAUGGAUUACAAAAAAGCAUUGGCCCAAGAGAACGGGAAGAGCAAAAGGAUUUUGUUCCACUUUAUCAAGACUUUGAACACUUCUUUACAAGAAACCUCUAUAUGAGAGUAAGAGACAAUUGGAACCGCCCUAUCUGCAGUGUUCCCGGACCAAAAUUUGACCUGAUGGAGCGUAUUUCAGAUGACAACAACUGGACAUUUAGGUUCACUGGAAGGACAAUCAAGAAUGUAAUCAAUAUGGGUUCAUAUAAUUACCUUGGCUUUGCAGAAACUGAACAUAAUGCUUUGAAAACUGUGGACUCAGUGUUAUAUAAAUAUGGCACAGGCGUAUGUAGCACCAGGCAAGAAAUGGGAAACCUUGAUAAGCAUGUGGAGUUAGAAAAUAUGGUAGCACAAUUCCUUGGCGUUGAAGCAGCUCUGGCAUUUGGCAUGGGAUUUGCUACAAAUUCUAUGAAUAUUCCAGCAUUGGUAGGGAAGGGUUGUCUGAUUUUAAGUGAUGAGUUGAACCAUACUUCACUUGUUCUUGGUGCAAGGCUAUCGGGUGCUACAAUUAGAGUCUUUAAGCACAACAAUAUGCAGAGCUUGGAAAUGCUGCUGAAGGAUGCAGUAAUACACGGACAGCCUCGAAGCCGAAGAGCAUGGAAAAAAAUUCUUAUUCUAGUAGAGGGUAUUUAUAGUAUGGAAGGCUCUAUUGUACGCUUGCCAGAAAUUGUUGCCUUGAAGAGAAAAUACAAAGCCUACAUCUACUUGGACGAAGCCCAUAGCAUAGGUGCUGUUGGUCCUACAGGAAGGGGAGUUGUGGAAUACUUUGGAAUGGAUCCUAAUGAUGUUGAUGUAUUGAUGGGAACUUUCACAAAAAGUUUUGGAGCAGCUGGAGGUUAUAUAGCUGGCAAAAAGGAAUUAGUGGACUACUUACGAGUUCAUUCACAUAGUGCAGUCUAUGCCACAUCUAUGUGUCCUCCUAUAACAGAACAAAUUAUAAGAGCAAUGAAAUGCGUCAUGGGACUAGAUGGGGCCACACAAGGACGUCAACGAAUCAAUCAGCUAGCAGAAAAUACAAGGUACUUCAGAAGAAGAUUGCGCGAAUUAGGCUUCAUUAUUUAUGGCAAUGAUGAUUCUCCUGUUGUUCCUUUACUCCUUUACCUACCUGGUAAAGUUGGGGCUUUUGCAAGACUCAUGUUGACCAAAAACAUUGGUGUGGUUGUAGUUGGCUUUCCAGCUACCCCAAUCACAGAAUCCAGGGCUCGGUUUUGUGUGUCCGCCGCUCAUACACGGGAGAUGUUAGAUACGGUCCUGGAUGCUUUAGAUGAACUGGGUGAUUAUUUGUGUCUGAAAUAUUCCCGGUAUGCUAAGUCAUCUCGUCCUGAACUAUAUGAUGAAACAAGCUUUGAACUUGAAGAUUAA